AUUAACUUAUUUUGAAUUUGAUUUUGAUAUUAUAGCUUUAUAAAAAUAUUUUUUUUAAUAUGUGUCAAAGAUUAAAACUAACAUCCCACUAUUUUAAUUUUUUAAAAAAUAUUAUAUCAUAAAUUUGAUGAGUUAUUCUAUAAUUGCGCUUGAUCAAAUUAACUAGCGAAUAAAGAAAAGAUGUCCGGAUUUGUGUAUUACUCAAGCAUUGUAUAAAACCAACUUGCCAUUGUCUUGAACUCCCACUAUCUGUCAGAAACUUUAUAUAUACAACUGCCGGAAUAGACGGGGCAAAGUACAAAAUCCAAAAAGCAGUUUCAUUGACAAGACAAAAUCAACAAGAGUUUCAUGUUCCAGAUUUUACACACGACAGGCAAAAUCAGUAGUAGUGCUGCUAUACAAAAGCAUAGCAUCAUCUACGUAUGGACCAAAUCAUCAUCAAUGCGAAGAAUACAUAUGAAACAUUCCAAUUCUCCCUCUCAGCCUAACAACAACAACAACAAUAAAUCAUCAAUGGCUUCUUCCCUUUUCUUCUCUAACCCUCGCCCUUUUCGCCCACCUCUAAACCCUAAUUCCAAUCCCCAUCUCGUUUUCCCUCUUCGCACCCUCAAUUUCUCCGCCAAAUCUACUCCGCCAACCCCGUUGCCUCCUCCUCCGGAGCCGGCGGCGGAGAAGAAGUCGUUUGCGGUGGCGACGGGGGAGCUUUUUCUUGGGAUUGCUUCGAGGGUAUUGAGGAGGGGGAAUAGCAUAGUUAAUGGAUGGAAUGAGGAGCAGGCGGCCGGGGGUGUGGGUGUGAGUAUGUUCAAGGAUGAUGAACAGAGUGAAUCGUAUUUUUUGAGGAGGAGGAAGGAAGGGAUUGCGUCGGUGGUUGAGGACCCGGUCCAGCCGGAAGUUGUGUGGGAGCAGACGGAGAAGGAUGUGGAAGCUGAGAAGAAACGGAAAAAGGUGACUAGUCCUGGGUUUAGUUUCUCGGCUGCUGGGCUUUUGUUUCCUUAUCAUCUUGGAGUUGCUAAGCUUCUCAUCGAGAAAGGGUAUAUCAAGGAGACAACACCACUAGCUGGUUCUUCUGCUGGUGCAAUUGUCUGUGCAGUGGUUGCUUCUGGUGCCAGUAUGCAAGAGGCUCUAGAUGCUACGAAAAUAUUAGCUCAAGAUUGUCGUCUCAAAGGGACAGCAUUUCGCCUUGGGGCUGUUCUUAGAGAAGUUCUUGAGAAAUUUCUUCCAGAUGAUGCUCAUAUUAGAUGCAAUGGAAGAGUUCGCGUUGCUGUAACACAGAUACUUUGGAGGCCCAGAGGCUUAUUGGUUGAUCAGUUUGAUUCUAGGGAAGAUCUUAUCAAUGCUGUCUUUACUUCUUCUUUUAUCCCAGGAUAUCUUGCUCCAAGACCUGCCACAUUUUUCAGGAAUAGACUCUGUAUUGAUGGGGGGCUGACACUGUUUAUGCCACCGACGUCUGCUGCUCAGACGGUGCGCGUUUGUGCUUUUCCAGCAGGUCGUUUGGGAUUGCAAGGAAUUGGGAUAAGUCCUGACCGCAACCCUGAAAAUAGGGCCACUCCUCGUCAGCUUCUCAAUUGGGCACUUGAGCCAGCAGAAGAUGAUAUUCUUGAUAAGCUCUUUGAACUAGGUUAUGCAGAUGCUGCUGUGUGGGCCCAGGAGAACCCGGUUGAGGACAUAGUUCGAGAUGACAAUUCUUCCUUUGGCAGCAGUCUUGUACAAUAGCUUUAUAAAGAUAAAUUUAUUUCAAGCAUGUGUGCGAUGGAGAUGUCAUUAAACUUGAAAAUAAGAGGUGUCUCUAGGGUACCCUUGAACAAUGAUGGCUUGCCUUAACAAGGAGCUGAUACUGAGGAAGAGCGAAGAGGUCGGAACUGGUUUUGUAUAUACAAACAUUGCUAAGAUGUAAAGGAGGGGUAACAAAAGGAUGCACAGGAUUUUAAAUCUGGAGGUACUACUGGGGCUAAUUUACACUUGCUAAACCAUUUACUGAUGGAGAAAAAAAAGAGUAGAAGCA